CUCCCAUUGACCAAGGAGCUAUAAUAGCUAUAAGACCGUUGGCAUUUGUCAUACAGGACACGGUAGUCAUGGCGUCCCCUUCUCCACUACGGGACUGUGGGCUGGAUCUGCAGACGGUCAAACUGGUGAUCACAUGCCUCUACUUUGUGUUGUUCGUCCCCGCUCUCCUGCUGAAUGUCACGGCUGCUUGGAUCUCCUGGAAGCUGAAGCCCAAAUCUGCGUUUGUCGUCUACCUGAAGAGCCUCGUGGCGACUGACCUUCUGAUGACCUUGAUCAUCCCGCUGAAGGCCGGUAGCGAGAUGCCCGGGGCCCCUCAAGGCCUGCGAGCCUUUGCCUGCCAGUUCAGCAGCGUGUUGUUCUACCUCUGCAUGUACAUGAACAUGAUACUGAUGGGGCUCAUCAGCCUCGACCGCUUCUUCAAGAUCGUGCAGCCGUGCGGGAGAAGGUUCGGCCACCAUCCCCUGUUGGGCAAGGUGGUGGUCAUCAUUAUGUGGACUCUCUAUCUCAGUGUGAACACCAUACCCACUAUGGUCCUCACAAGCGGAAAGCCCCAAAACAACACUGCAGAGCUGUGCAUGGCCAUGAAGAGUGACCUGGGGAAGAAAUACCAUCAUGCCAUAAUUAUCGAAUGCAACGUGAUUUUUUUCGUCAUAUUGGUCGUUAUUGGAUUCUGCUACACAUGCAUUGCAAAAAAGGUCAUUGAGUCGUACCGAAACUCUGGGAGCACAAACGAGGCGGGGAAACGAAAGAUCAAAGCUCGAGUGUUUAUCGUCCUGGCGGUGUUCCUGGUCUGCUUCGCCCCUUACCACAUCACACGUUUCCCUUACGUCCACCGACAGGUGGAGAACAAGAUUAACUGCCACUGGGCUUCACUGAAGGUGGCUAAAAGCUUCACUCUGUGGCUCUCCUCGACUAACGUCUGCCUGGACCCCGUUAUCUACAUAGUGCUCUGCAAAGCGUUUCGAGAGAAGUUGUAUGAACUCAAGAUAUUUGGGCACUGGUUUACCACAGCAGCCCAGGAGAUCACUGAGGACACUUCAGGGAGUUGAAAGGGAGUUCAGUACUGCGCUUACUGUACUGUUGCUGAAUUGACACACAUUUUGCAAGCUAAAUUACUCCGUUAUCUUUGGUAUUGUUUUGUAGAGAAUACUCUUCUGAACCUUCAUUUAUGAUCUUGACAUGAACACUUAUUUUAUUGAACAGUUUUGAACUUCAGGGGAAACUAUUUUUAUGCAUAUUAUUUUGUAUUUUGUAU